CACGGCCCUGUCUCUUCCUUACUGGCAGCAUCCCCAGAGGCAGAUCCAGAAUUAUUCUAUAUACGGAUCGAAAAAGUAUUGCUGAUUUGCGAAGAUUAUCUGGAAAACUCAGCAGUCCCAAUUACAGAUGGGGAGAGUUGCUGGGAUGAUGAAGGAAAUGCACAAUAUGAACGUUACAGUCCCUGUUUAAGUUUCCGGAACUCGCAGAUGGCAGAAUACCAGGAUUCCUCGGAAGAUCUGGAUACAAGCUGGAAACACUUACAAGGUGCUGGGAAAUUCACUGGGCCUGGGUAUGAAAGAGCCGAGACCUACUCCCAAUAUCUAGACACUGAGUAUGAACACGGCUCUGCCAGCUCCGACCCAUCGGGUUUCCUCUGUUCUAAGUGCGGAGUGAGAUUCUCUGUGAACAGGGACCUUCUGACCCAUCUGUGUGGCUGGAUCGGGAUGAACUACACUAGCCGAUAUCAUGAUUUGUAUGAGGGGGUGAAACCAUUUGUCAGCACAUUGAAUGACAAACACAACAGUGUUAAUCAAACUUUGCCAAAGGACCAGCAGUUUCACACAGGGGAGACAAGUUUCAUCUGUACAGAAUGUGGCAAGAAUUUCUCUCCAAAGAUUCACCUUCAAAGUCACCAGAGACUCCAGGCAGGGGAGAAACCAUUCAUCUGUACUGAAUGCGGCAAAAGCUUUUCUUUUGAGAUUGCUCUUUUGAGACAUCAGAUGAUUCACACAGGAGUAAAACCAUUACAGUUCACCAAGUGUGGUAAUUGCUUCUCACUCGAGAUGAAUGAUCACAUGACUGACAUCGAGGAGAAACCAUUCACAUGUACAGAAUGUGGGCUAAUAUUCACUGAAAAGAGCAGCCUUGCCAGUCACUACAAAAACCACAUGGGGUCCAACUAUGGUAUGCAGAUAUACCAAAGGGGGAGUUUCAGGAUCCACACAGGAGAGACCGCUUUCACAUGUACAGAGUGCGGGAAAGAUUUCUCUCGAAAGUGGCACCUUCAGCGCCACCAGAAAAUUCACACGGGAGAAAAACCCUUUACAUGUACUGAAUGCGGGAAGCAAUACACUCGGAAGAGCCACCUCAACCGCCACGAGAGGAUUCAUACGGGAGAGAAGCCUUUCACUUGUGCAGUAUGUGGGGAAUCUUUCUCUCAGAAGAGCAAUCUGCGCAGUCACUUUAAAGUGCACGCUGGGGCAAAAUGUGCCCAAAGGUUCCCCGAGAAGGGUAUUCUGGGCAGCGAGCUGGCAAUCCACAUAGUGAAGAAACGUUUCUUGUGCACCGAGUGUGGGAAGUAUUUCACGCGCAAGUGGCACCUUCAGCGGCACCAGAAAAUUCACACAGGGGAGAAACCCUUCAUUUGUUCUGAAUGUGGCAAAGGCUUCUCUCGAAAGACCCACCUUCACUGCCACUAUAAACUUCACACAGAGACGAUGUGGGAACAAGUCCUCUAACACGGUGAGGCAUCGGCUGAAAGGAAAACUGCCACGUACACAUAACAAUGGAAAUGAUCUAUGGUUUCAGCCACCUCUCCACUCAUCAGAACAGGAGAGGAACCCUUCAUUGGUACAGAACCCUGUAGAAGCUGUUUAAUAUAGAAAUCUGACCACCCUUUUUUACUGUAUGGCAUGAACUCCCGGGUUGCAGCAAUCCCUAAUUUGUCAGCCCAGACCAAUAGCAAGUAAUAAGGUAUAAGGCAAUAUGUUUCUUCAGAAGCAGCCGUUCUAUCUCGUCUGGAGUGGGAUCUCAAUGAUCGUAGGGCCAUUUUUUUUUUUUUAUCACAUCACAUUUGAAGAAGAAGCCCCAUAUUGCCAACUGGAGAAGCCCCCCAUUGUAAGCAGGGAUUUGUUGUGCUUGUGCCUGGCAUUGCUUAUUGGGCACCCUUGUAUUCUACUUUUAUUUACUUAUUCUUACUUCCCAGCUUGGACUACAGUUACUCUACCUUGCACCAGUCCAACGCCAUCAUUUUCUUAUCUAAUAGCUGUUUAGCCCUCCUUUUGUUUGCACAUUUCAGCUUGGAUGAGACCACGCCAAAUGGGGUAAUAUCACAACAGCAGCACUAAGUCCCAGGCUCGAUUGCCAUUUGUAGGGCUUAGUUUCCAAGUUCCUGGGUGCACUCUAAUUGUUCUGUUUGCUUUUUUAAAUGCCCUUCCAGUUCCAGACCAUCAUAAUUUGUGCCAGCCUUGGCCAUUGUCUGAAUCUUGACUUGUUUAACCAUUUGUAUAACUCACACUGGACAGAAGAGUCAUCUUCUUCCUAAGUCCUGACUGUCACGUGGCCCUGACAGGAUGAUAUGCUCAGUUCCUUCUCUGCUUGCCCAAGACACAUGUGACUGAGCAGUUAAUGGGUGGCUCUCACCAAGUGAGUUUAUCAUGACUAGAGAUGGAGAAGGGUUGGGUGCCAUAACAUAGGAGCCAAAGAUCCAGCUAGGCAUCGCAUAGGGGAGAACUGCCUGUGUCUUACCUGCCCUCCAAUUGAGCAAGGUUUAUUUAACAGAAAAUGUGUGACAGCUCAGUGCCCAAAGGGCACAUCUUACUCUUCCUCAGUGAAUGGCAAAACACAAUCUCAACACUCAUUUUCCCUCAGGGGUGAGAGGGUUUCUGUUAAAGUGCACAUAUAUGUGGUUAUUUACUUUACAGAGUGCAGUCUGCUCCUUGUGCCGGCUUGGUGCAGAGUGCAGCUUCUUCCUGCAAGAAGCACAGUUUGCUGUUUGGUUCCUAUCAGUGGUGUUGAAGUAAUUGAAUAGCAGUCGUUCAGUGAAAAAGUAAAAUCACAAAAAGUUUAUUGUACUAACACAUAUUGCAAUUAGCCUUACGCAUUUCGUACCCUACGGUACUUAAUCAUAGGCUCCAGCACUUAAGCCGCUUGAACCAGUAAAUGACCCCUACAGAUUUUCUAAAUCAGCCUAAUAAUUUAGGCAAUGAUUUCCCCUCUGGGGCAAAUUAGAGGCUUUAGAUUGGGUUUUUUGCCUUCCUCUGGAUCAAGUAGCAGUUAGGCAGGUUAUACAGUAUUUAGGCAACCUAUAUACCUAUUUCAACCUAACUUACUAUGUUACUAUGGUGUCUGAUUUAAAGGAGAAAUAUUGGAUAAAUGGGAAAAACGCUAAUU